AUGCGUCGCGAUGGCUGGGCAGAAGUUGGUGCAGAUGCAUUCAGGCGCAGAGGGUGUGAGGAUUGUGGUAAAAGCCUUAUAGGAGAAUGCAGACUCCACGGACCACUCAUCAGGGCUAAAGAUAGAGUUAUUCCUAGCCGAGCCCGUCUCACCCUACCUCAUUACCUCACUUUGCGAGUGUUGGAGCUGCGAGCUGGAAACCAGCAGAUCCUUGGAGUAUUUGCAAAGAAAGUAAUACAGAAGAGAACACAGUUUGGUCCUUAUGUUGGUCAACUGUCUACAAAAUUGACCCGCUAUGAUGAGAGCAGGCUAGUCCUGCAGAAAACAUACUUCUCUAACAAGGUUGCCAGCAUAGAUGAGCUUAGCACCCAGUUCCUUCCUCUUCACCAAGCCAUUGUAAACCACACCCUAUCCUCUGUCAGUCAGCCCUGUUUGCUUAAAAGUAUACAAGUGAUCUAUUUCAAAACAACCAUGAUUUCAAAGGAUGUAUUGAAAGAUGGAGGGAAGUACUUUCUGGACACUCCCAAUGAAGACUGUGGAAACUGGAUGAUGUUUGUCCGGCUAGCCCGGAACCAAGAAGAACAGACCCUUGUGGCUUAUCAGCACUGUGGAGAAGUCUACUUCACAACUGUUAAGGCUAACCCUUUUACAGAUGAAAGAUUGAUUAUAUUCUGCCAACUGGAUCUUUAUUACAUACUACCUUUUAUAUCACUUAAUCCGUAG